GAGUUGUGAUAUGGUUGCCAAAUGGGUAAUAAUGUGUUGUCCCGUGUUCGCGAGUACGAGGAAGAGCAUCACCUCUCGAGGUCUGUGUCCACGAGGUACAUCAACCAGGUCAUUCGACAACCCUAUGGAUAUCCGAGACAAGUGGGUAGUUUGGUGUAUGUCAACCGCAGACUCUUAAAUUAUGCUCACGAGUUCUCGGCGGCCUCUCAGCUGUACUUUGCCGGUCUAGGAUUUGGUCGCACUCAAUCGUUGCCGGCUUUGAACCGGUGUGUAUCCCCAUUGCGCUCAAUGUCUUUUGAGUGUCUCCUGCAUGCCCUUAGAGAUGAACGAGAUGCCAUCCAGAAGAAGACCUUCACAAAGUGGGUCAAUAAGCAUCUUAAGAAGGCUGGAAGAAAUGUCAGAGAUCUGUUUGAGGACCUCCGAGAUGGUCACAACCUGCUAUCCCUUCUUGAGGUGCUUUCAGGGGAGAUUCUGCCUCGAGAACGAGGCCGAAUGCGUUUCCAUGCCAUUCAAAAUGUGGAAACUGCACUUCGGUUCCUCCGAUAUAAAGAAAUCAAACUGGUCAACAUCCGAGGCGAAGAUAUCGUGGACGGAAAUCCCAAACUUACUCUGGGACUCAUCUGGACCAUUAUCCUCCAUUUCCAGAUCUCAGAUAUUGUUGUUGGACAGGAGGAUGUCUCUGCCAAGGAUGCUUUGUUGCGAUGGGCUCAGAAAACCACUCACCGCUAUCCCAAUGUCAGAGUGCAGGACUUCACGCAAUCGUGGAGAGAUGGAUUGGCAUUUAACGCAAUUAUUCACAGGAAUAGGCCUGAUUUGUUGGAUUGGAAACAAGUGGAGCGCAUGCGAGUGCGCGAGAGAAUUGAAAUGGCGUUCCAUGUCAUGGAGCGGGAAUACGGAGUGACUAGACUACUCGAUCCAGAAGAUGUUGAUACCCCCGAACCGGAUGAGAAGUCUAUUAUCACUUAUGUAUCCCAACUCUAUGACGUGUUCCCCGAACCUCCCCAUGGUCAUCCGCUCUUCGAUGUGGAAGGCCAGAAGAAGGUGCAACAAUUCCGCGAACUCGCCACCUCGCUCCAUCAAUGGAUCCGCGAGCAAACCACCAUUAUGCAAGAUAGAAACUUCCCCAACACGCUGAUUGAAAUGAAACGACUGGCUGAGACCUCCCAACGCUUUCGCGUGGAGGAUGUUCCACCUCGGCUACACGAAAAGGAGAGGAUCACGCACAUUUUCCGCGAUGUUGAGCGAUACCUCCGAGACUCUGGCGAGACCAUGGACCGGGAUCUCUACCCGGACAAUCUUGACCGUAAUUGGAAUCAGUUGAUGAUGCUCCACCAGGAGCGUGAUCAAAUGAUCCGAGACGAGAUUGCCAGAUUAGAGAAACUCCAACGCUUGGCUGAAAAGGUCCAUCAGGAGGCCAAAACGACGGAUUCCAAACUGGACGAUAUCGAGGCUUGGAUAGAGGAUGAGGCCAAACGCGUGGAUCAUCUCCAUCCUCGAGAUGCCAAAAACAAUUGUGACAAGAUCGAGAAAGAACUCCAAAGGACUGAAGAGGUCAUCAAGACCAUGUUCAAUGAUGUGCAAGUCCUCCGGGACAAUCGCUAACAUCAAGCCAACGA